GUGGGGGCCCUGGGACUUCCGGAGUGUAUUGUGUGCCUGGAAGAAGCCAGAAACUGGGCCUCAGAAACACGUGAGGACCGAACCAAGCGCCUUUUCCGACACUAUACUGUGGGCUCUUACGACAGCCUCACCUCACACAGUGACUACGUCAUUGAGGACAAGGUGGCUGUCCUGCAGAAACGGGAGCAGGAAGGUUUUGGCUUCGUCCUUCGGGGAGCCAAAGCAGAGACCCCCAUUGAAGAAUUCACACCAACCCCAGCCUUCCCUGCUCUCCAGUACUUAGAAUCUGUGGAUUAUGAGGGUGUGGCCUGGAGGGCAGGACUCCGGACUGGAGACUUCCUGAUUGAGGUGAAUGGAGUGAACGUGGUGAAGGUGGGACACAAGCAGGUCGUGGCCCUGAUCCGCCAAGGGGGGAACCGCCUGCUCAUGAAGGUCGUGUCAGUGACAAGGAAGCCGGAGGAAGAGGGGGCCCGGCGGAGAG